UAAAAUCUCUCUCUUUCUCUUUCACGAUCUCUUACUAACCCCCAGAAGCUACCUUUAUUCUUCUUAAAUACCUAUUAUGGCGAAUUUAAUCCUUAAGCAAACUAUUAUCAUGUUCCUAAUCAUAUUUUCAUCAACAAUCUCAAGUACUCUGGCUCGAAUCCUCCAUGCAGACCGCGUUUCAAAUAUGGGAAAUAUGGAUAGUCAGGCUCUCCUACGUGAGCUGGGGUUUGAUCUUUCCAAGUUCAAAGGUUAUAACGAGAGGAGGUUUUUAGUGGAUUCGGACAGGGUUUCACCGGGAGGACCUGACCCGCAACAUCAUUGAAUAUGGUAGUUUCGGAUAUAUAACUUUACCGGAGAUCCAAGCACUAAUAAUUGUGAUUAGUCUAUGCAAGUCAUUGAAUAUCGCUAUUUAUAUGUUUUUCUUUUACUUUUUACCUUUCAUAAAUCGCACGUACAAUUUUGUUGUA